GCUCGCCCAAACAGGCCACCCACCACUACGGUUCCCAAAAAAGUCAUCGUUUCCAUUCGCGUUUCCUCCUGUCAGCCCUGUCCUUACUUGAAAACCUCCUCGUCGCCCUCUCCAGCCCGGGCUUUGUCAACAGUCGGUGCACAAUUGUCUGUUUGGGCGGUCUGUUGGCCAAACCUGACUCGAUAGAGGCCAAAAGUGCAGGACCUCCUCCGGCCGUGUCAGAGAAUCGUCCCGCCUCACCACCUCGCCCCCCCCCUCCCGGCGACAGCAACAUUCCUCGUCGAGUCCGACAGCAAACUGCAGAUUGACCGUCCUCUGCCUCUCAACCGAGUGUUCGCCACACCUAGCGCUGCCAAUAUGAGGAUCCGACAGCGAAAGGCGCCCCUGAGCCUCCUGCUCCUGUCCUCCCUCGCCGUUACCAGCGCCCUAGCCACGUCCUUGGACUCGGUGCACCCCAGCCCAGCCACGGGAUCCUCGUCCAAGAUAGGCACAAAAGAUGCGCCCGUCGACGGAAAAGACGGCCGUCCUCACGAAGGCCCUUUCGUCGAGGUUGAGCACCUGACCUCCGGCAGCGACCUCAAAAAGUUGCCACCCCUCGAAGGCCGCCCCACGGAUCCGACCAUCGUCGAUGGUGUCAAGAUCCCACAGACCAAUGACGGCGUUAUGAACGAUCCGGACCGGUCUCAGGCCAAAGAGGGGACAACUGGCACGUCUGGUGGCGUGAGCGAGAAGGACCAGGUACGCAAGGCCAAGGAGGGCGCGACGGGCGAGAAGGCAGAGAACAAGCCAGAGUCGCCAAAGGAGGCGCCCCCCCUGCCGCACAGCGAGCAAGAGAAGAUACUCAGCAAGGAGGAUGCUGCCAAGGACAAGAGCAAGCCGGACGGCAAGUCAGAGGACUUCUCCGGGUUCGAGAAACCUUCCGACCUCCCUGGCAAGACCUCCGAGCAAGCACUUCCCUUACCCGACUCCGCCAACAAGAACCACCUCGAUGUCUCGGCCUCGACCGGCAAGUCCUCCGGCAAGCUGCCCAUUGACAACCCCGACGGCAUAAUCCAGCCGUUCCACUCUUUCCUCCUCUCCUACACCAUGAUCCUCGUCUCCGAGAUAGGUGACAAGACCUUCCUCGUCGCCGCCCUGAUGGCCAUGAAGCAUGACCGCCUCGUGGUCUUCUCCGCUGCCUUCAGCGCGCUGAUCACCAUGACCAUCCUGUCCGCGGUCCUGGGCCACGCCGUGCCUACGCUCAUCCCCAAGAAGGUGACUAGCUUUCUGGCCGCAGGUCUGUUCCUCGUCUUCGGUGCGCGCAUGUUGAAGGAGGGGCUGGCCAUGAGCCCGGACGAGGGCGUGACGGCCGAGAUGGCAGAGGUGGAGCUCGAGCUCGAGGAGAAGGAGACCCUGGCGCGCAAGGCCGGCCGGAGGCGGUCGUCCAUUUCACCCUACGCGCUCGAGAUGGGCCUGAACCGGACGCACACGCGCAAGUCGCGCUCUCAGUCACGGUUCCCGACGCCCCCCCGCAGCCCCUCGGCAUCGCCUGAGAGAAGCCCAAGCCCUCGCCGGGGCGCCCUCGGGGCAGUCUUCGACGGCGCGAGCAACCUCUUUUCGCUGCUUCUCAGCCCCGCGUGGGUGCAGACGUUUGUCAUGACCUUCCUGGGCGAAUGGGGCGACCGCAGCCAGAUCGCAACCAUCGCUAUGGCGGCCGGCCAGGAUUAUUGGUGGGUCACACUGGGAGCUGUGCUAGGUCAUGCAUGCUGUACCGGUGUUGCAGUUAUUGGCGGUCGUGCCAUCGCCGGCAAGGUGUCUCUCAGAGUCGUGACAGUGGGAGGAAGUGUGGCAUUCUUGGUAUUCGGUAUUAUUUACUUGAUUGAGGCUCUGUGGGCUUGAUUACUGCACGCCAGCUGCUCCCGACCAUUUCGUUACAACCUACCUAUCCUUUAAUUUGGUGCUGUGAUCUUUUGGACUGCUGCUCCCCGGGCUUAUAGCAGCUCGCAAUGUGGCAUUGUGGCAGGUGUGGGCGAUGGUGCUGGCACAGCGAAUGAGGCAGCGGGACUGGUGGUUUCUUUCAGAGGAAAUGCAUGGGCGGAGUUUAGAGCAAAAUCAACAGUAGUUUUGUCGUGCUUCUGUAUGCGACGGCAAUAGGAAAGAAGAAUAAGCAUUGGGCAACAGGUCUGCCUGGCUUGUACCUUUAGGGAAACGGCCUCGGAAACGGCAGGUUUAUUUACUUAUGGUCUAGCUUGUAUGCAAUAGGACAUGACGCCGUUUAAUGAAGCUGUGUUUGGGUACGUCUACUACAUCUGGGUACCUUGGGGGUUGAUAUCACACUGGGUGAAAU